GACACGCGUCUCGGCAAGCAUCGCGGGUUCCGUGCUACGGAGAAGGAUGUCUACCGGUGCGGCGGCAGCUAAGUCUGGCGGAUCUUUUCAAGCGGUGGUUCGGCGGCUGGCGCAAGCCCGGCAAGCAGAACAAGAAACCGCCGCCUAUUCGCAUUCUCCCAGGCAACAAGACUCUCGGGCUGAACUCGCUGCGGCGCAUGACGCUCAACUCGCGCGCGCAGUUCAACCCCGUGUCGCGCUACCUCACGACCAACCUAGACUUCGACCCCACCACCGGCGCGCCCGUGUGGGACGUAGUAGGCUCCUUCGGCGUCGCGUCGCAGUACGCGGAUCCGCCGGACCAGGGUCUCUGCAGCACGUGCUGGGCGUUCGCCGUGGCGGGCGCCGUGGAAGGCGCGUACUACGCGUUCACGAACGCGCUGCCGGCGCGCACGACGCUGUCGGUGCAGCAGCUGCUGGACUGCACGGCCGGCAGCUGCUGGGGCGGGUAUCCCGAGGACGCGCUGCAGUACAUCGCGCAGAGCCGCCUGGGCACGGCGGCGGAGUACUCGUAUAGCGCCACGGAGGGCACGUGCCUUGCUAGCUCCAUCGUGCGCGGCGAGACGGUGCGCAUCACGCUGUACGAGCAGGUGCCGCUGCCAGGCGCGCUGGGGCUCAUGCUUGUGGUGCAGACGCAGCCCGUGAUUGUCACCAUCCGGGCAUCGCACCCUACCUUCGUUGAUUAUGAGGGCGGGGUAUACCGCGAUGACGAGUGCUUUGACCCGGACAACCCCGAGCUAGACCACGUGGUGCUGGUCGUGGGGUAUCACUACAGCGGCCCCUCCGCGCCCGAUAACUACUUCCUCAUCCGCAACAGCUGGGGCGUGGCGUGGGGCGAGGGCGGGUACAUGCGCAUCGGCAUGAGCUUCAAAUACGGCGGCAUGUGCGGCAUGACGUACCAGCUCGGCCUGUAUCCCGUCAUUGAGCCAACGUCCCGUGCCAGCUCGUGCAUCGCCAGCUGCGGCGGAGGCACGUGCGAGAUGCUGGCAGACAAGAACAGCAGCACGGGCAGCACGGGCAGCACGGGCACUACUGGGAGCACGGGCAGCACUGGGAGCACAGGCACGGCUGGUACUGCUGCAGCAACGACGUUCUCUGUAGCCAGUACGGCAGCAGACGAGGGACUGGAAGAGAACGACUACCAGGGGCUCGCCUCCGUUGCUCCUUAUUCCUCCUACUCGGCGGCGUCGCGGCCUCGCUCCGCGCGGCAGGUGACCGCGCGGAACAACGUGGAGUUUGCGCGCGCGCGGCUGCGCCAGUGGAUGAGCAAGGCGGGCAGCGGGGCCAGGCCGGGGGGAGGCGGGCGCGGAGACGCAGGGAGAGUCUCGACCUUAGCGGCAGCUGGUGGGAAAGGUGUAGGAGCAGGAGGAGGAGGGCUAGGCAACGGCAACGGCAACGGCAAUGGCAACGGUGGCUCUGCGUCGAAUAAUGGGAAGGGGUCGUCGACGACCGUCGGAGCGGGGCUUCUGGGUUCCAAGUCGAAUGGGUUGGGACCGGUUGUGGCGAUUGGGAAUGGGAAUGGCGGGAGCACCGAUGUGACGACGACGGGGAGCGCCACUGGAAGCACGAGCACGGUGUCGGGCCCUGUGGUUGGGAGCACGCUGGCGACGAGCACGACUGGCAGCACGGGCAGCACUGGCAGCACGGGCACGACCAGUAGCAGCACUGACACCAGCGGCAGCACUAGCGCCAGUAGCACCAGCGGGGGCACUAGCGCCAGCGGCGCUACUAGCACCGGCGGCGGCACUAGCACCAGCGGCAGCAGCAGCACUGGAGCGGUAAGUACGGAUAGCACAGGGAGCAGCAGCACUGGUGGAAGCACAGGCGGCACAGGCAGCACAGUCAGCACAGGCGGCACAGGCGGCACAGGCAGCACGGUGAGCAAAGGAAGCAGUGACGCCCCUGGUAACACACGCAGUGAUGGGAGCACGGGCACGGUGGGCAGCAGCGGCAGUGUGGCGACUGGCACUAGCAGCACGGGAAGCACGAGCAGUACCGCGGGUGGGACUGACAGUGCAGGUAGCACCGGCAGCAGUGGCAGCACUGGUAACACUCAGAGCACCGGCAGCGGUGGCAGCACAGCGACUUUGGUGAGCGAUGGUGGCAGUGGCAGUGGUGGCAGCACCGCCAGUGGUGGCAGCAGUGGGAGUGUUGGAAGCACAGCGGCUACAGGAAGCACUGGCAACACCGGCAGCAGUGGCAGCACUAGCACUUUGGGCAGUAGCAGCGGUGGUGAUUCGAGCAGUACUGGCAGUACUGGCAGCACUGGCAGCACUGGCAGCACUGGCAGCACUGGUAGUAGCGACAGUACUGGCAGCAGUGGCAGCAGCAGUGGCACAGGUUCGAUUGGAGGAGUCAGUCUUACUGGCAGGGGAAAUACAGAUAAUCUGGGCGGCACCGGCAGCACUGUUUCCGGUAGUGGCAGCACCACCGACAGCAGUGGCAGCACAGGAGGCGGAAAGAGCUCAGAUAGUAAGGGUAACACUGUCAGCGGUGGCAGCACUGUUUCCGGUGGCAACACUGUUUCCGGUGGCAGUGGCAGCACCACUGACAGCAGUGGCAGCACUACCAGCAGCAGUGACAGCACGAGCAGCACAGGAGGCGGAAAGAGCUCGGAUAGUAAGGGCAGCACGGUCAACGGUGGCAGCACUGUUUCUGGUGGGAGCACUGUUAGCACCGGCAGCACCAGCAACACUGUUUCAGGCGGCAGCGCCACUGAUAGCAGCGGCAGCACCACCGACAGCAGUGGCAGCACAGGGAGCGGAAAGAGUUCAGAUAGUAAGGUUAGCACUGACACAAGUGGCAGCAUUGGUGGCACUGUCACCACCGGCAGCACUGUCAACACUGGCAGCACUGUCAACACUGGCAGCACUGUCAACACUGGCAGCACUGUCAACACUGGCAGCACUGUCAACACUGGCGGCACUGGGAAUGUGGACAAGGUAGCUGGUGCUGGCGGCACGGGCAACUCUGAUAGUUCUGGAAACACUGUAACCACGGGAGGCAGCACGGGCAGCACGGGCAGCACAGUAGGUGAUAUGUUUCUUGCUUGGAACACGGGCAACAGUGAAACCACCGGCUUUGGUGCCAGUGACAGCACGGCUAGCGGAAGCAGCACUAGCAGUGGCAGCAGUGGCAGCAGUGGCAGCAGUGGCAGCAGUGGCAGCAGCGGCAGCAGUGGCAGCACUGGGAGCUUUGUAGGACCGAAGGGUGCUGGGAGUAUACCGGGGAGUGCAGGCGGUGAGAAUUCUGACAGCACUGGAAACACUAACACCCAAGGGAAUACAAACAGUCAGGGGGAUACUGGUUCUCAGGGCAACACAAAUACCCAAGGGAAUACAAACAGUCAGGGGAAUACAAACAGUCAGGGGAAUACCGGGGGUCAGGGCAACACAAACACCCAAGGGAAUACAAACAGUCAGGGGAAUACUGGUUCUCAGGGCAACACAAACACGCAAGGGAAUACAAACGGCCAGGGGAAUACAGAGUCUCAGGGCAACACAAACAGCCAAGGCAACUCAGGGAAUCCAGGCAGCACCGCAAGCAACGGGAAAACCGGAAGCAACGGCAACACAGGGAGCAACGGCGGCAGUGGCAGCAGCGGAGGGGGGGGGUCCACUUCCCUGGUUGGGGGGACCAGCACGGGGGGGCCCGGGGGCUCAACAGGCUCUGUCCGAAAGCCGCCGCCCCGAGCCAGAGCACCACCUCCGCCGCGUGGUGGCUCUGGUUCUGGCGUGGCUCCGUACUUUGAGAAGAUUGACCCGUGCAAGCCGCCAGAGCCGCUGCCCACGUAUGGCGGGUACCAGUGCGUGUGCGCCAAUGGGCUCACUGUCGUGAACAACAAGGAUGGCAGCCAGGCGUGUGUGCUCGAGGACGUGUGUGGCGUGUUCAAGAUGAAUCCGUGUGGGCGGGGCACGUGCAUGAACGUGGGCGAUGGCACGUACACCUGUGUGUGCCCCACGGACUUUCUCACCAGCCAGUACAGCUCUGGCGCCACCACAUGCGUCCCCAGGUCGACGGGUCCCGCGACGACGUACGUGACGCAGGCGGGCGAUUCGUGCUACGCCAUCUACUCCAUGUUUGGCCUCACACACUCUGACUUCCUCGACCAGAACGAGGGAGUGGACUGUACCAACCUGCAGCCAGGCAUUCUCCUCAACGUCUCUGCUCCUAACCCCGCCCUCGUCUGCGUCACACAUUACCCCAUCUCCGCGGCGGACAGUCUAGCAACGGACUGCACAGCACUGGAGGCCAAGUUCGGAGUAAACAUCACGGAUCUCAACCCGGGCCUCAACUGUGCUCAGCUCAUUCCUGGACAGCAGGUGUGUGUGGAGCGGGCAGCAGCGAGCCCGGACGGAGCGAGCAACUACCAGCUGUGCACGGAGUACCAUGGCAUUGCAGGGGGCGACACGUGUGGCAGCAUCAUCGCUGCUGCGUCCAUCUCCUGGCUCACGCUCUACCGCCUCAACCCUGGGCUCCUCUGCGAUAACCUCAACCCGCUCAUGCAGCAAGAGGUGUGUGUGGCGGGGGUGCCUCUCGGUGCGGUGGCAUGCGGUUCAGUGCGGUCGCGCGCGAUCCGCAACACCAAGUACACGGUGCAACUGGGUGACACAUGCGGGUCGCUCAUUCUCAACAACUUCAAGCGCAACGCCACACUCGUGCCCACUCUCAACCGCGGCUGGAUCUGCCGUCCCAACAACCUGUUCCGCGGCAUGCCUCUCUGUGUUCCCAUCUGA